UUUCAUGGAGAGACUGUAUGCCAGACUGUACGGUGUACCUACACUGCAGACCUAAAUAUCUUUGUUGCUACAGUGUUAUAUACAAAUGUAGAUAAGUGUAUGAGGCGGCACAGAUUUUUGACUGAAAGGAAAUCAGAUAUAUACGUACAUUAUAUCUACAUGUACAACGUAAAACACCGAUCAGCACGUAUCAAAGUACUGGCUCACGAGACAACUGUUCUCACAAGGCACGUGACUGACGUCAUUUUAAAAGCCGAGGAGGGAUAUGAUACCGUAGAUAAUCCAACAGUGAUGUCAGUAUCACUCAAUAUAUCACUGUUAUGUCCUCGUUCAGUAGGAGCUUUUUUGGACAGUUUCGUCCUUCAGAUGCGAUAACUGAAUGUUAAUUCGGCUUAACUGACAAACAUUAUGAUGGAUGUUCAGUGUGUGGCUAGGCUGAAGCUAAUUCUCGUGGGGGAUCAAAGUGUGGGGAAGACAAGUCUGUUAACUCAGUUCGCAGAUGAUUUUUUCGCAUCUCAUCCAAGCAGUACCAUAGGUACUGACUUCAAAAUGCGUACAGUCGAAGUAGAUGGAAAAUGGGUCAAACUUCAAUUAUGGGACACAGCAGGCCAGGAACGCUACAGAACGAUCAUCAAAGAUUACUACCGAGAUGCUCAGGGGGUUAUUUUCGUGUACGACAUUACCAAGGAGCAGUCGUUUGACCAUAUUCUAGACUGGAUACAGACCGUUCAGGAGCACGCGCCGCAUGACAUUGAACAAAUCAUCGUUGGAAACAAGGCUGACGCUGAUCCACAUCUGCGGAAAGUUAACAGCAGGCGGGCCGAAUCGGUAGCGAAUCAGUUCGGGUGUAAAUUCAUGGAGACAAGCGCCAAGCAUAACACAAAUGUCGACGAGGCCUUUAUGUUGCUAACACGGAGGAUAAUGGAGAAACUGAAACUCGGAGAUCCUCUAAAGUUUGAAGACAGUGUUAUACUUUCUGACGAAGAACGCCAAAGAGACUCCAAAUGCGGCUGUACGAUACUCUAGUGGCGUGGACGCGCUCGUAUACUCCAAAAAUGCAUCAAGCUGUGGCCAGUCACAGCCAAUCACAGCUUUCGUUACACAGGCAUAACCGAGAUAUGCCAAUGGUUCUGCCAGUCGUAGAUCCUGUUGCAGCUGAGUGUGGACAGGUUGAAGAGCGACGAGAUUACGGUGGGCCUUUGCUACAUUGUUCGUCCUUGUAAGGGUAGAUGUACCCCUUGGUGCCAGCUGCAAGUAGUUGACCCGUCCCCAAUGAUGUGGUUAGAGAGACAAGUAGACGAUUCUGUUUUUAGCUCAUUCUGAUAAUGAUAUACGUGGUUUACUAGAGGCUCCACCAAUCACGGCCUUCGUUUCAGACACCUGUGGAUUCCGUGUGUGAGUCAGUGGUGUACGGACAAGUUACAUCCAAUCACAGGUCCUU